AUGGAAGCUGUCGAUUGGAGUAUUGUGAAGAACUGGCUAGAGUCCUGCGAAAAACAUCACCGAAGGCAUUGUAAACCCAGCAAGGACUCUCAAGUUCUAGGUCUUCUCGUGGUUGAUUGCGUCACUCGUCAAGUCGUUCCGCACGAUCCGUCUCAGGGGUGUCUCACUCUCAGCUACGUCCGGGAUAAUAGCAACGCAACUGGAGCCGAAAUCUACAUGGUAUUCUUGUCAAAUAAGCUGCCGGCAACUAUCGAGGACGCCAUUAAAGUAGUCAACGCCCUUGGCUAUCACUCAGGUUGA